CCUCACAGGUCCCAGCACAGUCUCACGGCCGGUGCCUGAGCGCUGAGGGCCAGCCAUCUUUUCACGGAUUGCCCUGCUCUCCAUGAAGAAGGAACAAGCCUGAUGCAGACCCGAGGGUCUCCCAGUCCACACCAGCACAGGCUGCGAAACCCCUCCCCUGCCUCCCCAUGUUUUUGUGGCGUUCGAGGCGAGGCUGGCAGGGGGUGAGGGUUGGGUAGUUCUGCCCGUCUGAGAUAGGAAGACGAGAGACACAGCUGGAGUCUCAGGAAACCAUGCUGGAGAGAAGCCAGCCCUUGAGGGCAGCUGGCAGAGUGUGUGUGUCCUGGGGCUCGGAGCCAGUGCUGGAGGCUGUGUGUGUCCUGGGGCUCGGAGCCACUGUUGGAGGCUGUGUGUGUCCUGGGGCUCGGAGCCACUGCUGGAGGCUGUGUGUGUCCUGGGACUCGGAGGCCACUGCUGGAGGCUGUGUGUGUCCUGGGGCUUGGAGGCCACUGCUGGAGGCUGUGUGUGUCCUGGGGCUCGGAGCCACUGCUGGACGCUGUGUGUGUCCUGGGGCUCGGAGGCCACUGCUGGAGGCUGUGUGUGUCCUGGGGCUCGGAGCCACUGCUGGAGGCUGUGUGUGUCCUGGGGCUCGGAGCCACUGCUGGAGGCUGUGUGUGUCCUGGGGCUCGGAGGCCACUGCUGUAGGCUGUGUGUGUCCUGGGGCUCGGAGCCACUGCUGGAGGCUGUGUGUGUCCUGGGGCUUGGAGGCCACUGCUGGAGGCUGUGUGUGUCCUGGGGCUCGGAGCCACUGCUGGAGGCUGUGUGUGUCCUGGGGCUCGGAGGCCACUGCUGGAGGCUGUGUGUGUCCUGGGGCUUGGAGCCACUGCUGGAGGCUGUGUGUGUCCUGGGGCUCGGAGCCACUGCUGGAGGCUGUGUGUGUCCUGGGGCUCGGAGGCCACUGCUGGAGGCUGUGUGUGUCCUGGGGCUUGGAGCCACUGCUGGAGGCUGUGUGUGUCCUGGGACUCGGAGGCCACUGCUGGAGGCUGUGUGUGUCCUGGGACUCAGAGGCCACUGCUGGAGGCUGUGUGUGUCCUGGGGCUCGGAGCCACUGCUGGAGGCUGUGUGUGUCCUGGGGCUCGGAGCCACUGCUGGAGGCUGUGUGUGUCCUGGGACUCAGAGGCCACUGCUGGAGGCUGUGUGUGUCCUGGGACUCGGAGCCACUGCUGGAGCCAUCCAUGCUGUGUGGAGCUGGAGCACUGAGGGUGCAGCGCAUGGAGGUUGAGCACCGAGAACACCGUCCCCGUCAGGCUGUGUCUGCUCUGCUGCCCUGGGCCCUUGUUCCUGGAAGCCCCUCCUCCCCUGGGGCCACGGGCAGAUGGCUCCUCAGGAGACGCCAGAGUCAUCCCUAACCGUUUCCUCCCAUGCUGUGUAUGUGUGUGUGUGUAACAGGGCCAGGCUCUGUGUGUGUGUGUGUAACAGGGCCAGGCUCUGUGUGUGUGUGUAACAGGGCCAGGCUCUGCAUGUGUGUGUGUGUAUAACAGGGCCAGGCUCUGUGUGUGUAACAGGGCUAGGCUCUGUGUGUGUGUGUAACAGGGCCAGGCUCUGCAUGUGUGUGUGUAUAACAGGGCCAGGCUCUGUGUGUGUGUGUGUAACAGGGCCAGGCUCUGCAUGUGUGUGUGUGUAUAACAGGGCCAGGCUCUGUGUGUGUGUGUGUGUGUAACAGGGCCAGGCUCUGUGUGUGUGUGUGUAACAGGGCCAGGCUCUGUGUGUGUGUGUAACAGGGCCAGGCUCUGUGUAUG